CAGGAGCAGGAGACCAGCUACACCAUCCUGCGCUCUAAGGGUUGUAACGUGACGUUAAGCGGUCUGAAGGCAGACACCUCCUACCUGCUCCAGAUCAGGGCCAGGACUGCAGCAGGAUAUGGAGCCAGCAGCAGGAGUUUUGAGUUUGAGACCAGCCCUGACUGUAUGUACUUUUCUGAUCCCACCAAAUACAGUAUUUUGUAUGUAAUUCAACACCAAGUGAUGGAUGGCAGUGAUUCAAUAGUUCGAUUUUUAUCAUUGACCUGUGCCUGUACAUGCUAACAUUUCUCUCUCUCUCCUGCUCCUGUUCUCUUCUCCCUCUCUCUCCCUCUUUCUCCCUCUCUCUCCCUCUUUCUCCGUUCCCUCCCAGCAUUCUCUAUCUCCAGUGAGAGUAGUCAGGUGGUGUUGAUAGCCAUCUCCUCUGCUGCAGCCAUCAUCCUGCUCACUGUCCUCCUCUACAUUGUGAUUGGCAGGUCUGUACACCAAUUGCACUGCACAAAGCACACUGACAACUCCGUCAGCUCCAAUUACAUGGCUCUGUCUUCAUGGAGGUCCGCCUCUAAAUGCAGAGAUAUACUGUACUGUCUGAGGAUACUGUAGUAAGAAUAUAUCAUAUCCCUAUACAGUAUGCUCCUGGAAUGGCUUGGCAGAGGAUGCAAUGCUUUUUAUCCUACUCUUUUGUGUAUGUAGUGUAAAGGGACACUGUGUGUCUGUCUUUACAUUGACAUUGUAGUCAUUUAGCAGACAAUCUUAUCCAGAGCGACUUACAGGAGAAAUUAGGGUUAAGUGCCUGGCUCAAGGGCACAUCGACAUAUUUUUCACCUAGUCGCCUCGGGGAUUCAAACCACCGACCUUUCGGUUACUGGCCCAGGGUUAAUGUUGGCAGUUAGUACUGCAGUGAGAGUAGAACUCUCAGGCUCAUUACUAGUCCUACAGAUCCUGUUCGGGCUCAGAGCAAAGAGAAACACACCAUGGUACACCAGGACUGACUGCUGCUGCUUUCCUCUGCACACACACACACACGCACACACACACGCACGCCAGGGUUUCCGUUAUGAAAAUGUGUCGGCAGACAUUUCACCGGCAGCAUUUUCAUUUACUGGACAUUUGAGAAAUUUACCGGACCCAUAUGCAUUGGGUGGGUAACCUGAUUAGGGCGUCUACCCACGGUGCUCAGAAUGACAGAAAUCACAUUUAGGUUAUGGUAAUUAAUCUUAACAAAACAUGCAAGUCCAGGAUACAAUGACAUGUGUCCUUCUUACCGCACACUUUCAAGAUGUUAGAACUGUCCACAUGAAUUUUUCCUCAGCCAACAAGACGAGUAACAAACAGCAAAAUCACGACAGUUGGUGUGUGAGUUUCAAGUUUGGGGAAGCAAAUUUCCACCAUAAAAAUGCACCUUUGUAAUAAAGCAUUCCAUGCAUCUUGUACUCUGCUGACACUGACAGAUGAAUAAAAACGAUGUUGUUCAUACAGUAUAAUAGGCCUACGAGAAGGGGAGACACAAAUGGAAUAUGAUGUCCCUCUAAACUGGAGGAACUUUUAAGUGGCACUGAUCCAACAAUGAUAAAGAGUGAAUCUGAGCAGUGCCCACUCACCAGGGAUAUGGCCGAUGCUCUCCGCAGGUGCCAAUAAUCGGUAGGCCUACUGUUGUUCGCUCAAUUAAGUUGAGAAUUGUGAUAGCUAAAAGACAGAUUAGAGUAUUUUCAUUGUCUUCUCUUUACAGCAAUAGCCAUUUGUUUUCCAAGUAUGUUUUCCUGCGUUUUUAAUUUUGAAAUAUUGCGAUAUGCCUGGCUGGGCUUCUACUUUUCACUGACAGUCGCAACUCAACAAUCAUAUAUUUGGUAUUUUCCAGGCACACUGCCGAAAUUGCGCGGGCUGCCUUUUCUUCCGACUGUAGGCAAUGCUUGCAACUUUUUUUCCCCCUCUGUGGCCAAAUCAUGCUUUAGUAGCCUGUUUGGAAUGAUUUCAUUUAUUUCUGUAUAGACAAGAGUAGGCUAAUUAGGCUAUAUAAUUUAGGCAAUUAAUUCAAUUUACUUAGGGAAAGCUUAGCUUCACCUAGCCUAUGGACACUGUCACGCCCUGACCUUGAGAACCCUGUUAUUCUCUAGUUAGUUUGGUCAGGGUGUGAAUGUUGACAUAUCUAGUUUAUCUAUUUCUAUGUUGGCCGGGUGUGGUUCCCAAUCAGAGGCAGCUGUCGAUCGUUGUCUCUGAUUGGGGAUCAUACUUAGGCAGCCAUUUUGGUCCAAUCCUUUAUACAAUGAACGUGACAGAAGAUCCCACCACCAACGGACCAAGCAGCGAGGCCAGGAGGAGCAGACACCCUGGACACAGGUGGGGAAGACAUUUUGGACAUGGGAGGAGAUAUUAGCCGGUAAAGGACCCUGGGCGAAGGAAGAAGCCCAGGCAGGAGAGGAUCAACGGCGACUCCGACGGUGCCGACCGUGAAGGAAGCACUAGAGGCAGCCCCAACAAAAAAUGUUUUGGGGGCACACAGAGCAGAAGGAGGAAGAGGAGGCCGCUAUUAUAGAGGCCCUCCAAGACAUGCAGCUCAGCACUCUGAGAGAGGAGAUAACUACUUUACGGGGGCUGGUAGAUAAGAGGGAGCAGGAGCUCUCCUUUCAGAGGGAAGUGCUGCAGGAGGCCCACAGGGAGAAGGAGUCAGUGGAUGCUCGGAGAGAGGAGCUGGCUAGGCAACAGGAGGAGCUGAGAGAGGAGUUAACCCUAGAGCAAAAGAGAACGUUGUCCUUAGAUCAGAGGCUGGCGGAGCCAGGUUUCAGAGUAAAGCCAACUCCCCGCACUCACCUUUAAGGAGCGUGGGACCAUACCGGCACCCUGUUAUGCUGUGAUAUGCACUGUAUCUCCAGUGCGUAUUCACAGCCCGGUGCCCGCGCCCCGCUCUUGCCGAGCUAAAAUGAGCGUUCAGCCAGGACGGGUUGUGCUUGCUCCUCGCACCAAACCAGUGGUGCGUGUCUCCAGUCCGGUACGGCCCGUUCCUGCUCCUCGCACCAAACCAGUGGUACAUGUCUCCAGCCCGGUGCGCCCUGUACCUGCUCCUCGCACCAAACCAGUGGUGCGUGUCGCCAGCCCGGUACGCCCCGUACCUGCUCCUCGCACCAAACCAGUGGUGCGUGUCUCCAGUCCUGUACGGCCCGUACCUGCUCCUCGCACUAAACCAGUGGUGCAUGUCGCCAGCCCGGUACACCCCGUACCUGCUCCUCGCACCAAACCAGUGGUGCGUGUCUCCAGUCCUGUACGGCCCGUACCUGCUCCUCGCACCAAACCAGUGGUGCGUGUCCCCAGCCCGGUACGGCCCGUGCCUGCUCCUCGCACCAGACCAGUGGUCCAGCUCCGGUUAUCUGCUCCCUACCAGAGCCGGGGCAGGCCACUUCACCGGUGCCCAGUCCGGGUCCGGUCGUCUACUCUUCCCCCAUGCCGGAGCCAUCCGCUCCACCGGGGUCCAAGCCGGAGCCAGACGUCAACCCCUCUCCAGGGUCGGGGUCUCCUACACCAGGGUCCAGACAGGACUUGGUGCAUUGUGGGAGGACUGAGAGAGGAAGCAUCGUGCCGGACCAGGUGUGCUACGGGGAGGCAGGAAAAGAGAGGAGUGUACUGCGUCCGAAGCCAGAGCCGCCACCGAGGCUAGAUGCCCACCCGGACCCUCCCCUAUUGAGUCAGGUUUUUGCGGCCGGAGUCCGCACCUUAGGGGGGGGGGGGGGGUACUGUCAUGCCCUGACCUUGAGAACCCUGUUAUUCUCUAGUUAGUUUGGUCAGGGUGUGAAUGUUGACAUAUCUAGUUUAUCUAUUUCUAUGUUGGCCGGGUGUGGUUCCCAAUCAGAGGCAGCUGUCGAUCGUUGUCUCUGACUGGGGAUCAUACUUAGGCAGCCAUUUUGCCUACCUAUGUGGUGGGAUCUUGUUUCUGUUUCUGUUUCGGCUUGUUGCUGUUAGCCUUUAGAACUUCACGUUCAGUUGCUUUUGUUAUUUUGUCUAGUGUUUAUUUAAUCAAUUAAACAUGUUUGCAUACCAUGCUGCACCUUGGUCCAAUCCUUUAUACAACGAAUGUGACAGAUGCGCCACCUAUGAGCCUAUGUCAAUCUACUAUCCCCCAUUGUAGUAAAGUUUACCUAUUCUAUUGGUCAGCUUGUCGAGAAAGAAAUAGCCCAAACAGACACUGGGAUAGUGGUGGGACGAUAGAUCCAUACAACUAGUAGGCCUACAUCAAAAAACUUAACAAAGCAAUGAGUCUGAUGCAACAGAUCAGAACGUUUAGCUUAAAAUGUUGAUGAACUAUUAUUUCUUAACAUUAUUAGCGCAGAAAUGCACACAAAGCUGUAGGCUACGCGUGAAUGUGCAUUUGGCUACCGGACAAUGAAAGAAAGUUGAAAACCAAUAGAACAUGAGAGAAAUAGGCUACUGGUUUCAAUGGCAUAUGGAAGUCUGUAAUAAAUAAUUGCCUCCACGGAUAUGGUCGGAUUUUGCCUAGGUUACUUUGAAGCAAGGUAAAACAUGCCUCAUAAUAUGUAGUAAAACGUUCAGGUUUCAAACAAUUAAGUAGCUAUAUGUUUUCAAAAUGGAUACUGCCUCCAGCUCAUUGCAAAGUGGGUGUGACGCGCUGAUGAAGCCUACUUUCAGUUGCCUAUGAAUUUGAAUGGCAAAUGGGAAGCCCGCUUCAAUUACCAGUUGAGAAAUAAAAAUAGUAUCUCUUUUUAAUUGGGGCUAAAAACUAUUUUUAACGCACAAUUACAUUUAGAAUUGUUGCACAAUGAUUGGGCUUAUAAAAGCGAUGUCUGACAGAUUUUCCGCUCAAAGGCUCUGUAUCUGUAUGCUGUGGACGUGUGAUAAAUAAGAUACGUAACUAAUAUAGGCUACACAUGCGGCAAUUUAAUUCCACUAAAUGAUGCAAAUUAACCCCUACACCGGUAAGCCAAAAACAGGCUAUUACUGGCUAUCUGAAAGCCUGACACAAGCACACACAUGCAUGCACGCAUACACACACACGCACACACAUGCACACACAUCGCUUACUAUGCCCUCUGAUGUAGGGUGAGGGAAAGUGAAGACUGAUGGGUAAAGGUGUGACAUUAACCUCUAUCAUUGUGACUGACAGGUUCUGUGGCUACAGAAGGUCUAAACACCCUGACGAGAAGAGACUGCACUUUGGCAAUGGACACUGUAAGUACCUCAUCCACCCCUCUGUCCGUCUGUCCGUCUGUCCGUCUGUCCGUCUGUCUGUCUGUCUGUCUGUCUGUCUGCAUGCCUGCCUGUCUGUCUGUCUGCAUGCCUGUCUGUCUGUGUGCUUGUCUGUCUAUUGUUCUUCUAAAAUAUGUUGAGUCAUUCCUCAGCAUUAGUUAGGUACAGGGUCAGUGUGUUUGUGUACAGUAUAAUCCAUCUCCUGAUUGGGGUUUAUUUGAAGAGCAACAUGUUUUCCUUGGGGGCUGGCCACACUCAUAAACUAACCUAGUGUUGUUCUUACACAUGAUGGAUUGAUUGGCCGGUCAUCCAUGCAUGACACAUGAUGUAGUGUGUUUUGUGACCCACCCAAAGAUCUCCGCUGCCUAUUCCUAACACACUGUCUACUAGCACACACCCUUUCUGGUUCUCUCAAAGAGACUGUUACUAACACCCCCCCCCCCCCCCCCCCCCCCCCCCCCCCCCCCCCCCCCAGUGCGUCUGCCAGGUAUAAGAACCUAUGUAGACCCUCACACCUAUGAAGACCCCAGUCAGGCCGUCCAUGAGUUUGCCAAGGAGCUGGAUGCUUCCUGUAUCGCCAUCGACAAGGUGGUGGGAGCAGGUGAGACCAGAGACAUGACACACACCCACACACAUGCAUGCACACACGCGCACACACACACACACACACACAUAUGCAUGCAGGCACACACACACUUCAAUAACACAUAUCAUUCAUUUACGGUUACCUAAGACAUCUUGAACAAAGUUUCCCACAGUAGCAUUCAUAGGGAUCCCAAAGAUAUGUCACAUACACUCCCACUCAUUGGUAUUCAGAGGCACAAAUAGAAGCUAUUUGAUAUUAAGGUUGUUUGUUCUAAAUGUAGCAGUGAGAAUGAGAUUCAUUUAACACUUCAGCUGGAGAUUCCUGUGUUUUACUCCUCUCCUGCAAUGGAGAGAGGGCGAGGCAGGGAAUGGAGGGAGGAAGAUAAGAAGAGAGGAAGAAUGAGGGAUGGGCGGGAGAGAAGGGAGAGAAGGGUAGUAUGGAUAUAGGGAUGGAUUGAGAGAUGGGGAGUGGAGGAAGUGAGAGGGAUGGAGGGAUGGAUGGAUGGAUUGAGAAAUGGGAAUGUAGAGAGGGAGAUGGAAGAAGUAAAAGGAGGGAUGGAUAGAGGGAUGGAGUGAGAAAUCCUUGCUGCCUCACUGCUUUUAAUAGAGUGCGUGCUGCUGGAGCAGAGGAGUAUGGGUAACGUUAUCGCACCUCCAGAUGGGAUAUUAUUUUACAUUCCCCACAUCUCCCUCUCUCCUCUCUCUCCUUUCUCCUCUAAACCUCUCUCCUCUCCUUUCUUUUUCACCCUUUCUCCACCUCUCUCCUCUUCCCUCUCUCCCAGAUGUCUUCAGCAGGAGUGUAGACAUGAACUUAAUGCAUUGUGAUUCAUGGGAAUAGCAGGCAGUGGGAGAGCACAUAGAGAGACACGCUAAAACACAAGGCAGCUGCACCAUCUUACAGAUGACCUGCACACAUCAAAGUCUAAGAAAGCAGAGUGAGAGUUUGUGUCAUUAAUCACAGCUCUUCCUUGCUCAUCAGAGGAGUGGAUGGAGGAUGGAGGGUGGGGUAAUACUGACCCUGAUGCUGGUCAUCUCCCAACCUGUCCACUGGCCAACCACAGCCCAGCUCAGCCUAGCUCCAACCACAGCCUAGCUCCAACCACAGCCCAGCUCAGCCUAGCUCCAACCACAGCCCAGCACCAACCACAGCCCAGCUCAGCCUAGCUCCAACCACAGCCUAGCUUCAACCACAGCCUAGCUCAGCCUAGCUUCAACCACAGCCCAGCUCAGCCUAGCUUCAACCACAGCCCAGCUCUGCCUAGCUCCAACCACAGCCCAGCUCAGCCUAGCUCCAAACACAGCCCAGUUCAGCCUAGCUUCAACCACAGCCCAGCUCCAACCACAGCCCAGCUCAGCCUAGCUCCAACCACAGCCCAGCUCCAACCACAGCCCAGCUCAGCCUAGCUCCAACCACAGCCUAGCUUCAACCACAGCCUAACUCAGCCUAGCUUCAACCACAGGCCAGCUCAGCCUAGCUUCAACCACAGCCCAGCUCCAACCACAGCCCAGCUCAGCCUAGCUCCAACCACAGCCUAGCUUCAACCACAGCCUAGCUCAGCCUAGCUUCAACCACAUCCUAGCUCAGCCUAGCUUCAACCACAGCCUAGCUCAGCCUAGCUCCAACUACAGCCCAGCUCAGCCUAGCUUCAACCACAGCCCAGCUCAGCCUAGCUUCAACCACAGCCCAGCUCAGCCUAGCUCCAACCACAGCCCAGCUCAGCCUAGCUCCAACCACAGCCCAGCUCAGCCUAGCUCCAACUACAGCCCAGCUCUGCCUAGCUCCAACCACAGCCCAGCAAGCAGCGUGCUGCUCUCUUUAGACAGCCUGUAAUUAUUCUAAGUCCUUCCAGACCCAAUCUCAGGGCAGUACUUGCGUGUGUGUGUCUCUGACUCCGUACCGACCCUGUGUCUCUGAUCCAACUCUGCUAUGGGAAAUGAUCAUACAGGAGAGAGGGCAUGGACCGGGUCCACAUGUCUUAGCUGUGACAUCACUGUCCUACACACACAUACCCUCUCCUCUUUGGCCAAGUCCCUGUCACCAGCCGUAUCAGAGCGAUGCUUGACCUCCCCUUCUGACUUUGAAGUGGUCUCUUUACCACAAAGUCCUGCCUAGGGAAACUAUUCACCAGAGAGGCUCUGUACCUCAGAGGGAUACUACAGCUUGAUCAUACUGUAUGUUAUCACCAUGCUGGAAUGAUGAUUGGUCAGCUCUGAUAACGUCUCAUAGUUCUUUAUAUGAUAUGGAAAGUAGAGAGGGCAUUUAUAGACUGUGGCCAAUGAAGUCAAGGUUCAAUUAGUCUUUAUCUCAGUGAGGGAGACGGAUUUCAAGAAGGACAUAUGACUGCACCUGCUUAUAUUGGCCUAUCAUGUGUGUUUAUUAAAUUAGGUAAGAAUUUCUGACUGGUUUGAUCCAACUGAAAUAAAUCAUAACAGUUAUUCUGAUGAAAAGUCAUCAAUAAUAGCUCGUAGCCUCAGGUCCUUGGUAUCAGUGCAGUGUGUGUAUGUUUGUGGUUUUAUAGGUGAGUUUGGGGAGGUGUGCAGCGGUCGUCUGCGUCUGCCCAGUAAGAAGGAGAACUGUGUGGCCAUCAAGACUCUGAAGGCAGGAUACACCGACAAACAGAGGCGAGAUUUCCUGUCCGAAGCGUCCAUUAUGGGACAGUUUGACCAUCCAAACAUCAUCAGGCUGGAGGGAGUGGUGACCAGGAGUAAGUACAGACCAUAUCUUACUAUACAAUCAAAAUGAGAGGGCGGCAGGUAGCUUAGUGGUUAAGAGCGUUGUGCCAGUAACCGAGAGGUCGCUGGUUCUAAUCCCUGAGCCGACUAGGUGAAAAAUCUGUCGAUGUGCCCUUGAGCAAGGCACUUAACCCUAAUUGCUCCUGUAAGUCACUCUGGAUAAGAGUGUCUGCUAAAUGACAAAAAAAAAAAUAUAUAUAUAUAUAUAACAAUGCAUCACUCACUAAAUCUUGGCGUGACAUUUAUGUAUGUAUGAAGUAGGCUAUGCCUGGCCAGAGGGAGCCUCAAGAAUUCUGCCCAUAGAGAACCUUGGACAGAAUGUGUCGUUAGUUGUACACUGAACAAUGCUAUGAAGCUGGCCAACACCUUCACAAGAGAAGCAAUUUUUAUUGAGUUCUAAUGGCUUGAAUCUCACCAGAUCAAUGUAAUCUGAUCAAACAGUCCCUAUAUGUUUAAAUCUUAGCCUCCCUCCCGAGGCUCCUUAACAUAGCUAGUCUUACACACCAACACAUAGUUCCCUUAAAGGAAAUGACUAAAAAAACUGUGAAAUAAUUGCUUUGACCUCUGGUCCACAAUCAGAGCCGGUCUUCACCACACACACACACACACACACACACACACACACACACACACAUAUUACCAUUAUACUGCAGUUCUGGCCAUGUCGUUAUACUGAACAGUUAAACCUGUAAAAUAUCUCGCUCUGAUUGCUCUACAACAGAUGAACUGAUCAUUCCACAGGCAGUCUUGUUAAACUCAUAGUAAAACUUUACAGAGGUUAGCCAGUUUAGGUCAACUUGACCAGCAGGCCAGAACAGAUCUGUUUUAAUGAUGUUUCAUGUCCAGUUGUAGCCCAGCCAUGGAGUUCUGAAUCAUAAUAUAGUUGAAUGUAGUUAUACGAUAUCUAAAAUUAACUUGGUUGCCUUGAAGAAGUUCUAUUGAAGUUCUGAAUAUCCAUAAGGAUUAUAUAUGAUAUGGUCGCUGCUUAUCUUUUCUUUUUUUUGCCAUGGAAGCUAAGAUUUCUUCUGGAAAACAGACUUAAAAGCUACAAAAGGAAAUCCUGUGUAUUCUAGUUGACAGUUAGAUAAAGCCACAGUGGCUUGUGAAGACUGUCUCUCAGCAUUAUGACAGGACCAAUUACUUAGCGAAGUCAGUGAAAACCCACUCAGAUACAGUAUGUUUCCCAUUCAUCUGGCUGUAAAUAGAAUCUGGACAGGAAUGCAAAAUGGCCUCAUCAUAUAGGGAUUUUAUUUGUCUCAUAAAUCUUACAGCACUCUGACUAUUAAAGCCCUGAAGGUGAAUAAUGCCAGGGCUAAUUGCAAAUGACUGCAGUUUGUUUCUGUUUUUAGGACAGAAUGAGGGGAGAACAUAGUAGUGUGUGUGUGUCUGUGUGUUGGAGGGGUACUCUAUGAUUGAGAGCUGGCUCUUAGGGGUUUGGUUGGCAUGUGAGAACAGACACACACAUAUACACACACACACACGGUCCUGUCUGUGGCGUAGGGUGAUUUAUUAACCCAGUCCUGUUAAUUCUUAAUAAUCCAGAGACUGUCACACCUCAUUAACCCUGCUGCUGCUUUUGGCUGCAUCGCUAAGGGCUACACACACACACACACACACACACAAACACACACACACACCACAGAGGAGAGGAGAGGAGAGGAGAGGAGAGGAGAGGAGAGGAGAGGAGAAUAUAGAGGAGAGAAUUAGAGGAUGAGGAGAGCGAGAGGAGAUUAGUCUCUUCUCUCUCUUCUCUUCUUCUCCUCUCUUAUCUUCUACGUUCGCGGCCUUCUCUUCUCCCGAGGCUUUUUUUUUUUGAGUCUGUUUUAUCUGAAACUAUAAAGGCUGUCCUGUGAAGUGAAUGGGAAAAUCCAUCAGGGUCUUAUAGAGGGGGGUGUUGGGCCAAUCCCUCAGGGUCUUAUAGAGAGAGGGGGGGGGGGGGUGUUUAAUUAUGUCUAUGACUGUGUUUGGGCCAGCAGACCUUAUGUGAAGGGAAAGUGCUGUUAUUAUCUAGAUGAGUAACAGGUUGGACUGUCAGUCAGCCCUUAUCACUACACUGUAAAAUCUAGACCUAGUUCAUGAGAUGGAAUGAAAAAGGUGUCCUCACUCACUUUAAUUUUACAGUUCCAGGGUUUGUAGUUCAUGAGAUUAUAUUCUAUAAAUGUUGCUGGUACUCAAGCAGCAGAAAAUGAAAUGUGCUGGUUGUGGUAAGGUUGAACCACUGCUCUGACCAACCUAGUCUUGUUUUAGCUCACCAUUUAAACGCAAGCAGUUUGUGAGGCAGCCAGUUUUAUUAAUUGACGUUUAUUUUUCCAAAGAGGGUUAUAAAUGUGUUUCUUUUUACAGCAGGUUCCAUCAUCCCCUUCCUCUGACAGAUCUGUAAAUGAGUUCUGCAUUGCCAGAUGUGGAGUUUCACUUUGAUACAUUUACAACAUGCGUGACGGAGAGGGGGGAUGGAGGGAGGUGGAAAGAGGGAUGGGGAGGAUGUGGGAGAGCGAGGGAGGGAGGGUGAAGAGGGGGGAAUCCGUAACCAUCUGUGACACAAACCUGUCGUGACACCAGUGCUGUUCAUUUGACUACGGCUGACUUGAAGUCAUUUCCCCCCUCGUUUCUAUCUGUUCUAAACCUCCUCUCCACUGAUCUCCUCUCCUCUCCUCUCCUCUCCUCUGGUCUAGUGAAUUAGGACCAGAUGAUAACACUCCAGAUUUAUAGUAACUGUUUCUGCUGCUGCUGGAAUAAAGAUGUCCCACUCUGACAGGUGACCCAGAGGACCUGUACACUCAGCCCUGCAUGGGCCCUUUCAUCCUGCUAGAGGAAGCACUGCUGAACCCAAUGUUUAUGUGUGUGCGUGUGUGUGAAUGUGUUUUGCCAUAUAUGAAUAAUUCUCUAACCUCGCAGUUUCUCUCCUCUCUUCAGGUAAACCUGUGA